UAUUGAUGGAUUUAGAUGGUGUGCAACCUAAUUAUCCUUCUUCCUGUGUUACUCAUUCAGUUGGUGAUAUUUAUCGUACUCUAGAGGUUGUUGGAUCAUUUAGCCCUGGUGGUACCACUAAGGAAUGGAUUCCAAGUGUUCCCGAGGAGUUAAAACCCAGUUUGGGGAUGAUAUUUAAAGAUCCUGAAGAGGGUCUUAGUUUUUAUAAAGCAUAUGCAAAUGCCGCUGGGUUUACUUCUAGGAAAUCUACUACUAAAAGGAAGAAGAAUAACAAAGAUAUAAUUGCUUUUCAAUAUGGAGUUUGCAAUAAGGAAGGUUUUAGGGCAAUAAGAAAACCUAUUGCUCAACAAACAGUUUAUGAAGAAGGAAAAGUUCGUAUUACUAGGAAACGUUUAGUCACUCGUGUAGGAUGCAAUGCUCACAUAUGUAUGAGAUAUGAUGCUGGAAAGUAUGUUGUAACUCAUUUCAAAGAAGAACAUAAUCAUCCUUUAUAUACUCCAAGUUGUGCAAAAUUUCAGAAGGAUAAUAGAAAAAUGCAUAUUAUGCAUAAAAAGUUGAUUGUUGAUAAUUCAAAGGUAAAUGUUGGUCCUGUGAGGUCUUAUACUAUGAUGAAAGAAUUAGCUGGAUCACAUGAUAAUGUUGGUGCAUCUAAACAAGAUUUCAAAAAUUUUUAUAGAGAUUUGAAGGCUUUUAUUGAUGGAUCAGAUGCCCAAAUGUUUGUGGAUAAUUUUCAAAAUAAGAAAUUGCUCUGGAGUGCAUUUUUUUUUCCUAUGAUGUUGAUGAAGAAGAUAGACUUUGUAGAGCUUUAUGGGCUGAUCCAAUCUGUCGAAAAAAUUAUGCACUUUUUGUUUAGUGUUUAUGUUUUAGAAUAUAAUAUGAUCUUUGGUCCAUUUACUGGAGUUGAUCAUCAUAAAAAAUGUGUUACUUUUGCGGCUUCUUUUGUAGCUCAUGAGGAUAUAUCAUCUUUUGAAUGGGUUUUCAAAACUUUUCUUAAAGCAAUGGGAAAUAACGAGCCUGUGUGUUUGAUUACCGAUCAAGACCCUGCAAUGAAAGUUGUUGUUCGUAAUGUUUUUCAAACUACAGAACAUAGGUUUUGUAUGUGGCAUAUUAUGAAAAAGGUGCCUGAAAAAGUAGGUCGGGCGAUUGCCCAAGACACUGAUUUCUUGAAAAAACUGUGUUCAUGUGUUUGGCAUUUAGAGAUUGAGCCGGCAGAAUUUGAAGAAAAGUGGAACAAAGUUAUUUCAGAAUUCCAUUUGAACGAUCAUGAAUGGUUGGCAUACAUGUACAACAUACGUGAUAUGUGGAUUCCAGCGUAUUUCAGAGAUUUAUUUUUGGGUGGCAUUAUGAGAACCACAUCUAGAUCAGAAAGUGAAAAUAAUUUUUUCACUAUGUUCACAAAUCCCCAUCUCACUUUGAUUGAGUUCUACAUGAGUUAA